AUGCUAAAAAAUUUUCUUUGGAUAUUAACGACGACGAUCUUCGUGUCACAUUUCUUCGAUAAAGUAAUCGCGUACAAUUUAAUCGAAACUACUCAAAAAUUUAAUAAUAUCAAACAAUAUAUAAAUGAUGAUACAUUAAUGUUAAUAUCACCACCAUCAGCGAAUCGGUUCGUUACUCUUUUAUUUCCAAAUGGGACGAAUUCGGUGAUAAAUAUUGAUGUCGAAAGUCAAAAUGGAGGAAACACUUUGAUUGACAUUUACCCUUUAGCCAAAAACUACAUUUGGAUAAUGUACGCCAGGAAUGUGAACGAGGAUAGUAAAGAUCUGAACAUGUUUGGUAUGCUCAUGAAUUGGAAUCAAGAAGUUCUUGCAUAUGACGUCAACUUGAAUUGUCCGUAUGACUCUAGUGAUCACCCGACGGUAGCAACCAACAUCAAUCCCGAUGAUGGCUUUAUCAUUAUAACAAAAAACAUUGAUCAUCAAUUAACAUGGAAUGAAUUCUCUUAUUCGUUCAAAGGAGCCCAACAACCUGAACACAAAUCUGAACAAGAACACGAACCUGAUGAACAAGUACAUGAACAUGAUGAACAUGAUGAAAAAGAACAUCUUCCCGAAGCCAACCCCAUUAAAUUGAUUUCUCUUGGCCCAAUUAAAUAUCCAGAACAAACCGAGUUGAUAGAUUAUUUAGCGUUUGGUACAUUAAAAGGAUCAUAUGGUGUUCUAAUCUUACUUAAGAAUUUAAAUGUUAAAAAUGUAGAUUUAAUCAAUAGUUAUCAAGCGCAACCAAUUUAUAUGGCAUAUUUAACUUUCAUACACAAAAACACCCCACAAAACUUACAAUUGCCAGCAUUGGUUUACGAAACUUCAGAAGAUACAAUUACUUCAUUUGAGAUUCAAUCAUGUAAAGUUGCAUUUGUUGACCAUGCAAACGUUUGCUUCCUUAAAUCUGUUGUUAAUAGAUCAGAUUUAUUCCUUUCUGCUACUGUAGAAAUUUCUUUCUUGUCUACAGGUUCGGUUAUUAAUAUUAACCAGCUUGGUUUGGAUAAUGACAAUAUAACCCCGCCAGAAAAACCAACACUAGACACUAAUAAUAUUACGGAUUCCGUAAUACCUUUGGAAAAUGAUGGUUUACUUUUAAUUAGACAUACCGGAAAUUCUAUCACUGGUCACAUCUAUGAUCAAAACGGAAAUAAUUUAGGAAGAGAAUGGGACAUACCAAAGAUUUUAACGGAAAAUAGUAAAUUACUUGGAUUUGGCAUGUUUAAAAAUAAUACUGCGUGGAUCGCUUUAGAUAGCUUAACAGAUAAAAUUGUAUCAAGUGAUAUGCCAAAAUUUAUCCAAGACAGUGGAUACAAUAAUUUACUUGUAGUUACAACCGAACCAAAGAUAAAUAGUAUUUUAUUCGCACCUUAUCCGGAAACAAUAAGUGUAACCUAUUCAAUUCCUAUUACGCAAAGUUCUGGAAAUAUUACAAUUUACCAAAUUGACGAAUUUGGAUCAAACAUUUUAAGACAAACAUUUCCGGGACUUUCAGAAUAUUGUAGGAUUGAUGAAAAUGAUAAGAAUACAAUCUCUUGUAAUGUACUAAAUAGUACCUUUAAUCAUUUGGGUACAAAUUAUACGGUGGUCGUUGAUAAUAACUUCGUUAAGAAUUCAUUAUUGGAUGAACCUUUAAGCGGUAUACAAAAUGGUUUCUGGACUUUUAAAACUAAUGCAUCGUCGACUGAGAAUGCUAUUACAGAAAUUACAGAAGGACUCACUGUCUUAUUGAGGCUUGAUUAUGAAGGAACACGAAAUUUCUUUGCGGAUAAAGAUUUUUUAGAUCAUUUACAUACAGAAUUAUCUCAAAGUAUACCGAUUAAACAUUAUAGACUGGUAUUCAAUAAUCGAGUACAGAAAGACGCCUCAACGAAAGAUAAAAGAUUAUUAUUUGAAUUUAAAAUAUUAGAAGUGGGAAAUGUUACUGAGCCAAAUUCUCAAAAUGUUUUCCAUAGUUUGAAAACUUUAAUCGAAAAUAAAAAAAUUACUAUGCUCUCAACUUUAAGUCAUGCUAGAUACUUGGAUGAAACGUUUGAUGUUCAUAUUGUUCGUGACGAAUUUAUGGCACGUUGUGAGGGAAAUAAUUCAGCGAUAUUUAAAAUUCCAUUGGUCUUAUUUGAUUUAGCAUUUGACAUAUUAUUUGUUAUAUACAAUGGAAGAAAAAUUCCUUUUAUAUUCAUUCCAAGCAUUAUUAUAUUAGCAGUAUCAUUUGCAUUUAAUUCAUUCAUGAGCGUAACAAUUAUAACGCGUGAAAUAUCACACAAUCCUGACUUUCAAAAAUGGUUUGAUAAUCAUACAAAAUUAGCAACAUUAUUCACUGUACUUGCGAUCGCCGACGUAGAAGAGUUAUAUACAUUAAAAAGCAGAAUCGCUGGUUUAGAAUCGUUUUCAGCUCCUUAUUCUAAAGUUGGAUUAAUCUGGAUAUUAUAUGGUAGUGCGAUUAAUGUAUUGAUCGUUGAUUUUCCUCAAGUAAUUUUUCAGAUUAUCUAUCUUCAAACUGUGUUAAAUUAUACUUUGAUACCUUUCUUCACUUUAAUUACAAGUAGUUUGAUUUUUGUAAUUGAUUUGGUUUCUCAUGUUUACGAUGUUAUGUCUAAAAAUUGUUGCAAGAAUUCUAAGGUUGAUUAUCAACCUAGUCGUGAAACUCAUCAGGAUCUUAAUCGUGAACCUAGUCGAGAAACGUAA